UCGCUGCACGCAUGCGCCCCUCAUUGGCUCCUCUGCACCGUCUGGAGUAAGUUGGAAGUGCGCUCUCCUCACUCGCAUCCAGAAGCCAUCGGAAAAACUGUUGCGAUGGGGAGGAUCAGGGCAAAACACUUUGUGCUUUUGAAGUUAGCCCUAAUGAUGACCUUCGUCUGCGCUCAAAGCGUGAAGGAUCUAAAAGACCCGAGCAACAUGCCCCUGGUAAAGGAAACGGUGGACAGGCUGAUGAAAGGAUACGACAUUCGGUUGAGGCCAGAUUUUGGAGGUGCUCCGGUGGCGGUGGGGAUGAACAUUGACAUUGCAAGCAUAGAUAUGGUCUCUGAAGUAAACAUGGACUACACCUUGACCAUGUACUUCCAACAAGCGUGGCGGGACAAGCGCCUCUCGUACUCAGAGAUCGCCUACAACCUGACGCUGGACAAUCGGGUAGCCGACCAGCUGUGGGUCCCCGACACCUACUUCCUCAAUGAUAAGAAGUCCUUCGUUCAUGGCGUGACGGUCAAGAACAGGAUGAUCCGUCUCCACCCGGAUGGGACAGUGCUCUACGGUCUCCGCAUCACUACAACUGCUGCCUGCAUGAUGGACCUGCGCCGCUACCCUCUAGAUGAGCAAAACUGCACUCUGGAGAUAGAAAGCU